AGAUGUCGCAAUUUCAACCGACGCCACGCUACUGCCUAGUUUAGCAUAGCGGUCAUCGAUUGAUCAUUCAGGGGGGUACCGUGUAUAAAGCUGGCGGAGUUGUGGUGAUUCUUCACCAGUUGGUACAGGUCUGAGUGAAUGGCAGCGUAGUUUCGGUCUUUUCCACACCUCGCCUUCAUUUCUGUCCCUGUUGUUUGUCGAACUGAAAAUGGGUGACACGGCCCCGGUACAAUUUGCACAUAGGCCUAGGCCUCCGAGUUGUGGUGCAAACUACAUGUACGCCGAAGCUCAAGCGUGGACAAAGGAGCACAACUCAACCAACCCUACCUCCACUAGCCAUGCCUGCAACCAUCACCCUCACUCGACAAGUGGCAGGCAUUUGAAGUGGAGGCGAGGGGACGGUACUGAGCAUCAACAAGGGGACCAGGGGAGAUGUACGCCCACAUCACCGGGGCCUGGACGUGGGUCAUCCCGUGGUUCUCCUGUUGAUGCGACUGGGGGUGAUUGGCCCUUUACUGGUGUUGCAAAGGGCGUGGCUUCUGCCAAAGACGAGGGGGCAAAUCAGACUGGACACCAAGGCGACGGUUUACUGGCAGAUGACAAUUGUGAGAAUGCAAAGAAAAUACAAGGCCAAGAAGACAGGGCAUCAGAGCUGCAGACCGAGGUUGUUGAGCGACAUUUGAACCCGGUGCCUGUGAAAAACAUAUUGAAGAUUGUUAGUCAUGCUGGUCGGUUACAGAAACAUAGCUCAAGCUCAAUGAAUUUAUCAGACUCUGGCAAUUGCUGUUCUUGUAAAUCUGAAUUGAAGGAACUUUACCAAGAGAAUGGCAACCUUCGCCUCCGAGUGAAAGCCAUUGAAACUAUCACUGAUAUACUUGAAAAAAGCAAGAAGGAACUUGAGACAGAAAAGAAUAGAAAUUCCAAGCUGGACAUUGCUGUGCGAAAUUUACAAAGCCGAUUAUAUCAGGUUGGAUGCGACACCUCAGUUGACCUGGCUGAGAAUGAGAUCUUUAUACCUGGUCAUGACCGUGCUUUUGUCAAUAGCUUGAUCAGUGAAAAUGGGAAAUUACUGAAAGAGUUGAAAGAAUUGAAGAAAAGUGGUGAUAUCGGAACAAAAGUAGAAAGUGAGGUAGUUGAAUGUUUAAAGAAUCAAUUACUUGAAGCGAACGAACAGCUCUCAGCCAGUUUAACCAAAACCAAAGAACUAGAGACCCUUCUUCAAUCCUCCGACGAUGAUGCCAAGACGGCAAAGAUUGUGCACCUUGAAGAUGCCUGUCAACGCCGCAACAAAGAUCUCCAAGAAUGCAGUGAGAUGUGCAGAGUACUCAAUGCAGAGACAAAAAGACUUCAAGAGGACUUGUCUGCCUCACAAAACCAGCUGGGAAAGGUCUCCCAAGAACUUAACACCUGGAAAGAGAAAGCUCAAAAUCUGGAGAGUAAAGUCUUGGAUGUGUCCAUGCAGAAGAUGGCAGUUCAAAAGGAGAGCAACCUGAGCCUGGCCGACAGACUCAAGAUUGCUGAAGGACAGGUAGAGCAACUGGACAAGGAGAACUCACGGCUGACGGACCAACUCCGUGAGGUGAUCGGCAUGAACACAAGAUGGCAGCGCUACAAUGAGCAACGUGAGGUUCAUGUCCUCAAACUGACCAAGACCAACCAACACCAGCAGUCCAAGAUCACCGUGCUGGAACAGCAAAAGCGGGAUCUGGAGCAGAGCAUCAACGGGCUGAAUGUCAUGCUACAGAAGCUAAAGGAUGAACAACGCAAGAACACCGAUGCAGCCAUCUUGGCCCUGGAGCACCAGGUGGCACAGCGAGAAGACCGCAUCUCAGAGCUCGUUGAGGAGUUGUCAGCACUCAAGAUGUACAUCCAGGGAGGGGAGAAUGAAAGUGGACUUCCGCAGAGAGCGGAAGAUAAGGAAAGGAUUCAGCUUCUUGAGCAGCAGGCAAAGACUUAUAAAGAUGAUUUUGAGCAAGAACGGAGAGACAGAGAGCGUCUUCAGUCCAACGUUGAUAUCCUGCGACACAGAUUACACAGCACUUCAAGAAAGUUGGCUGCGCUUGAACAGGAAAAUACUUACACAACACCCAAUGUUGGCCUAAAAACUGGGUCAGCGCCAGUGUAUCAACCACCCAGGGGGUUGGUUGCCCGAGGCAUUGCCAGACCCAGAUACACUUCUGAUGAGGAUACCUACCUGACAAGCAACGUUGAGAUUGAUGGCCAGGAUGAACCAGACGGCCAGGGGUCUAACACUGAGCCUCUACAGUGCCCACGCUGUGCACAGGAAUUCUCAGUUGCAAAUCACUGCUCCUUCAUGACACAUGUUGGAAUCUGCCUAGACCAGUAACCAUGGACGAUGGCCGCAUUCGUAAAGCAUUCUUUACUUUUACAUGUAAUGAGACCGCUGUUGAGUUUUAGUUACCAAACAAGAAUGUUGUGCCUUUGAAGAUGAAAAAUUCAACUUUAUUUCAUGCAAAUAAUUUUAAGGGUAUUUGAAAAGACUUGACAAGAAUGGAAAUGCAUCUCAUAAAACAAGAGCAAACGGGAUGAAAGUUUGUUUUUCUCGAAAAUGUUUUACCAAAGGUGCAGAAUUCUAGAAUAGACUGGUGUCAUGAUGCAGUUGUUGCAUUGAAUCUAGUCAUUCAAGUGAAGAACUUAAGUUCUGAGAUUCUUUCUGCGGAAUUGUGAGAAUCAUUCACACUGCACUAAGAAAUCCACAAUCAAACUGCUUUUAUAGAUAGUGAAAUAUAAAACUUCCAACUGUUGUGUUGUACAGAGUUAGAGUUGGAUAAUUUUGGAAAGAGUGCUUUACGAAUGCGGCCUUUGGGAUAUUUUAUUUGUCUGUUAUUUUUAUUGGCAGUCUUUUUCCAAAUGUUUUUGGGGUUUAUUAGGCAUGUUUAUUAGAGUGAGACAGUUUGUGAAUGAAAAAACUUUUUCCUGUCCACUCCUUUGUUCUACAAGUUCUGUUGAACUUGCAAAGUUACGAAAAUACUGCCAGAGAUUAAUGAUGGAGACAUGCCCUUCAAGUUGUAUCAACAGCACGCCGAAACAAAAGCCAGGAAAGAUUGCAUCUUCAAAGCGAGUUUGCAUGCAUAACCGUACGACACACACUAAUCAGAUCAGUUUUCAAGACGUUGUGAUGUAGUCAGGUACCCAGUCUCAUGAAGCUACAAAUAUUAAAAAAAAGUUAAGUUUGUUCAGCGCCAAACUAGUAAGCAAGCUGAAGUGCCCUGACAGCCAUUUAAGAGUGAUUGCAUUUUAAGCUUAAUACAUUUAGCUCAGCCAAACAGAUUGACCAAGCAUUGAUUACCACAGGAUAGUGGAAGAUAAGAUAAAAUAAGAUGAGGAUGAUAGUACCCCUAAAAAAGGGUUUAUAUUUCACCUUUUAGUUUUAACUUCACUUAUCUGGCGUGUAUUGCCUAGAUGGAAUGUGGAACCAAUUUAAGAUUUUUCAGAUGUUUGUAGCUUUGAAUUGUCUCCCAUAUUAGUUGAAUUCGCUUAUUUCAUAACUAACCUGUGCACCUCACACAUUGUACAGAGAUGUUGCUGGUGAAGUGAAAGUUGAGUGUUGAAGAAAGUCUUUUUGAAAUAAGUUGAAUGUCCAUGCGGAAUGAUACACAAUAUCAGUUCAAACGAAUUCAAAACACUGAUACUUCAAAAGGCAUGUAUGCUUCUCAUUACAUCCAAUGCCACUGUGCAAUUGUGUAAUUUAAGUUGUACAAAUACCAGAGAGAUUUUAUUUUUGUAUGGCUUUUGAGUUGAGUAUGUAUGAAAAGGUGAGGAGUAAUCCUUUUUUUCCAAGGUUUGUGUGUCAAGCAGCUCCAAACGCUAAUUCUUUCUGCGAUAUGCGCCUGAUAAGCACUGUCCGUAGUGAGUUGUAGAAACUGUAUACUUAUCUAGAAGCAGUGGUAUGAACAAAUAUGUGCGCUCGCUUUGAAAACCAACCAAUCGCUUUUUGAGGUGUAAAACUUUUAAAGAAUCUAAAGUCGUUUUUCUUGUUGAAGAAUUGUUACAAAUGCCUUUGAAAAUACGCAGUGUUGUAUGUUUAAAAGUUUUCAACUUCGCUUUCAACUUUAUUUCAGUGUUAGAGAUAUGAUUAUAAUGCUGAGUGCAUAUUUUUUCGUGGAUUGUACUCUGUCAAUGUUUAUUCAAUGAAACCCAUGAAUGAACAUUUACUGUCGUUAAUUUGCAGUUAGUUUUCACGCCAAUAAUUUAAUUGCAUUCUUGUUAGCCGUAUGUUAUUGUUAUUGCCCUACAAAUGUAGUUCUAGUUGGACUAAAUAUUCUUAUUCAUUUCUUGUUUUGUAUUUAUUCAUUCAUUGUUUGUUAACAUUGUGAAAUUAAUUUCAAUCAGUGUAACUUGUAAAUUACGUGUAUUUCGAUUUAGCGGACAGCUUUCAUUUUGAGUAUGUCAGUGAAAUAAAGAAGUGAAAGUUAACUCAUUCAUCAGAAUACUUGUCAACGCACCAGGAA